CUCCCUUCGCUUCUCCAACGCAUUACCGUAUCAAGCAACAAAGCACGUAUACGUACACUACGUUCAUUCUCUCUUAAUCUCGAGCAGAUAUAUCGAGUGUUCUUUCUUCCUUCUUUCCUUCCUUUCCCGGAACUCGUAACAACAUCCGAUCACUAAUGGCGAAGUCACCCGAGAAUGAGCAUCCCGUCAAGGCCUUCGGCUAUGCUGCCAAGGACACCUCCGGCCAUCUCGCUCCUUUCAAUUUCUCCCGGAGGGCAACGGGAGAGAAGGAUGUUACCUUCAAGGUGCUGUAUUGUGGGAUAUGUCACUCCGAUCUUCACAGUAUUAGAAACGAAUGGGGAGACGCCAUGUAUCCUCAGGUGCCUGGGCAUGAGAUCGUGGGAGUGGUGACAGAAGUGGGCUCCAAGGUUACCAAGUUUAAGGUUGGUGACAAGGUUGGUGUUGGCACCUUGGUCGGGUCAUGCGGGUCCUGCGAUAGCUGUAAGGAUGAUUUCGAAAACUACUGCCUUCAAUUCAUCCCUACCUACAAUAGCAUAUACCAUGAUGGCACCAUGAACUACGGUGGCUACUCCGACAUCAUGGUGGCGGAUGAGCACUUCGUGGUGGGUAUUCCUGACAAUCUGCCGCUCGAUGCUGUGGCUCCACUCCUAUGUGCUGGGACCACCGUCUACAGUCCAAUGAAGUACUAUGGACUUAAUAAGCCAGGGCUUCAUAUCGCUGUGGUUGGGCUCGGUGGAUUGGGCCACAUCGCCGUCAAGUUCGCCAAGGCCAUGGGCAUGAAGGUGACUGUCAUCGAUGUCGACCCAGCUAAAAAGCAGGAGGCCGUUGAGCGCCUCGGGGCCGACGAUUUCUUCCUUAGUCAAGACCAGGAACAAAUGCAGGCUAGAGUAGCAACAAUGGACGGUAUCAUUGAUGCAGUCCCGGUAGUUCAUCCUCUCCAGCCUUUGCUUCUUCUGCUGAAGACGCAGGGCAAGCUAGUUUUGGUCGGUAUUCCAGACAAGCCACUCGAGUUACCGGCCUUCCCGUUGCUCAAAGGUCGCAAACUUGUCGGUGGCAGUUUAAUGGGUGGGCUGACUGAGGUUCAGGAGAUGAUAAAUUUCGCCUCCAAGCACAACAUCACGGCGGACAUCGAACUGGUUAAGAUGGACUAUGUAAACACCGCCUUGAAGAGACUCGAAAAGGCGGAUGUCAGAUACCGGUUCGUCAUUGACAUCGGGAAUUCAUUGAAGCCUGCCGCCUAGGAUUAUCUAUCGGUUUACCUUUGUUUCACAUUCGCUUGUCCUAUGACACUUAUUAAAUUCUCCGUGUCGUUUUUACAUUCGCUUGUUCUUUCAAAUUUUCUGAAAUAAGACCACUUGUUAAUUUCUAUAAUAUUGAGUGAAUGUACUUAGUAUGUUCAGAUACUUCUUUUGAACU